UCAGUACCAUACCAUGCAUAAAAAUUAACUUUAUAAAAGCAAAGUAGUGAUCAAGCAGAAGCUUUCAAAAACCCUCCCAACCUUGAUCUAGCUCUAGCCCAGGCAGCCAUGGUGGAGAGGGAUCAAGCCAGACCUCUAGCCCCAGCAACUGACCGCUCGAGCAGCGACAAUGAUGAGGCUGCCCUACAUAUUCAGAAACUCCGUCGCAAAAGGUGCGUCAAAUGGUGCGGGUGCGUAGCAGCCCUCUUGCUAAUUCAAGCCGUGGUGAUCUUGAUCCUUAUAUUCACUGUUUUUCGCGUCAAAGAUCCAGUCAUUAAGAUGAACGGGGUCACAGUCACCAAGCUCGAGCUAAUCAACGGCACGACUCCUAAACCCGGCUCGAACAUGUCUUUAACAGCAGAUGUAUCCGUGAAAAAUCCCAACGUGGCAUCUUUCAAAUACAAGAACACCACCACAACUUUGUUUUACCACGGCAUGUUGGUCGGCGAGGCACGAGGGCCACCAGGCCAGGCCAAGCCAAGGCGAACCAUGAGGAUGAACAUCACGGUGGAUAUUAUCACCGAUCAGCUUUUGUCCAAUCCGAACUUGGCAGCGGAUUUGAAGUCGGAGGUGUUGUCAAUGAGUAGCUAUUCAAGAAUACCAGGGAGAGUGAAAAUGAUAGGUAUUAUCAAGAAACAUGUGGUUGUGAAAAUGAAUUGCACUUUCACGGUUAAUAUCACAAGCCAGGCAAUACAAAGUCAGAAGUGCAAGCGGAAGGUUAGCCUUUAGGGUUAUAGAUCAUAGAGUAGAUUAUUUGUAACUUAAUACAUGAUGCAGUGGUUAUAGCUAAAUGGCCUUAUGUUGUUAUUUGUAGCAGAUAUUUACCUCAUCUAUUCAUAUAUCUUUUGUGCAUAAUUAAUAAUUAA